CCGUCAGACUCAAUGAUGGUUUGCAGAUAUAACAUUUUUUAUGUGCGUUUCUGUUCGAUGGCGAGUCUCUGAGGCAGGCUUACUUGCUCGACGUUUGUGAAUAUCUCCUCACAGACAAUAAUUUGGACGUCAUCAUAGUACGGCACCCACAUUAUGGUGGGUCUUCAAACGGCAUCCUGCUUGAGAUAUUUGCAAUGGCAGGAGGACGACGCAACACACCUCGAGCUCCACCCCCUAAACCUGUGCCAUUUUUGGAUCAUGAUUUAAAAAGAAUAGGACAUGCAGAAGAUGGUCCACCUCUGAUGCCAAUAACUCCUCCAAAACACAUGACCAUCCCCGACAUUCCUCGCAUAUCUGAGAUUGGGUUUGAGACGCUGAUGCUGGUGUUCAGUCUUAUGUCUCUUGCAUUGCAGUACCUCAACAUAUACCGCACUGUCUUUUGGCUCCCUCACUCCCACACAAAAUAUGCCAUGAAUUUGUACCUGAUUGAUGGCAGUGUAGUGUGGUUCAUUGUGAUUACGCUAACGCGCCGGUGGGGCUGGAGCAUUAUCAAAUUAAUCGUCACCAGAUGCCUCCAUCAGUCUUUAUGGAAGUCUGCUCUCUCUGUAGCACGGAUUUUGUUUGUGUGCACCAUAGCCAUUCUCCUGGGAUUCUGUUUGUACACAAUUAGUGAUGCUCUCACCUACAUUAAAAUCCUUGCUCUGGGAUAUCCGCUUGUAUUUUAUGUUUUUAUAUUCGACAUGGAAAUCACCUCCUUUCUUGAAGUGAUACCAGUCCCCUUGCACUGCAAGGAAGAGGGCGUCAAAUCUAGACAAGCUGUUCCUCGUGUCAUACAACACGCGUGCCAGAACAGUGCUGAAGCUGUUCGUGGUGAAGUAGAAUUUCUUACCAAUGACUGUAACAAGCGCAUGGCCCAAGUCAUGUACCAAACCAUUGUCAUCGUCUACUACACAACACUGAUUCCCUGUUUCUUUGUUCCGAGCUCACUGUAUUAUGAUGUACCAUGGGUGUCAUGUCACAUACUGUUUGUGACUACAACCUGCUUUAUGUGGCACUUAUUAUAUUGUUAUCCUCCAAGGUACUGUGAUAUUCUUCAUCGUGCAUCUCUUCACCUUGGAGGAUGGGCCAGGCUUGAGGGCCGGUCAUCCCAUGCCCCAUACAAUCCUUGGUCAAAUGCAGUUUUAUGGCCUCAAGGAGCAUUAGUGAAACACAAUAGAGAGCUGUAUCGAGCUGAAGGUAUCACCAAUGCUGCAGAACCAGGCAACACAACACAUGCUAGACUUCAUGCUAUAUUUUGUGAUCCAUCUCGCCCUGUCCUGGUGUUGGUGUGGGUGUGUGUUUGUUGUGUACUCCUACAUCUGGCAUUACUGGUUUCUCUUCAUCAGUGGCACCAGCUUUUAGCAACAGCACUUGUUCUCUCUGCCUCAUAUGCAGCAUUGUAUUAUCUCUUACGGGAUUACUUGGUUCUCAGAAAAGUAUAUCAGCAAGAACAGCAGCUUCAAGAAAGAGUUGUGAACUAAAAUAAUAUAACCAAACUUUUAUCUAACAAUCUUUUUUUGUAAAGAAAUUAAUGUUAGACUAGUUUAUUACGAAUCUCUGUUUAAUAUUUCAAUUCAAGCAUUUAUUUUCAUUUAUAUCCAUCAAGAUGAAUUAUGCAGAAAUAUGUCAUACUUUUCUUAGAGAAACUUGACAUUGUUAGUCAAGUAUUUUUUGUUCCAGAAAGUAUGCUCAGUAUGAGGUAAAUGUAUUUUUACUUAAUUGUUAAAUUCCCUAAGUGAAGAAAGCCAAAGAUGUGAUUAUUGCAUAAUUUCAUUAGCAAAGUUUUAGUCUUAAUUUACAGGUCAGAGAGCCCUCACCUGCAAAUUUUCUCCUUUUUCCUCCUUAAAAAUGUGAUUUUUCUCAAUUGUCUGUACACCUAGUUUUCAUUAUAUACAGACUCUGAUUAUGUGUA